AUGUCCACUGAGGUUGUCAGAAACAUUGACGACAUCAAGGACAUUACCGUUAAGCACAACAACAGCGCAGAGUACGUUUUGUCAACUGUCGAUCGUGUUGUUAACUGGGCCCGUGAGGGUUCUAUCUGGCCCAUGACUUUCGGUCUUGCCUGCUGCGCUGUUGAAAUGAUGCAUUGUUCUACACCUCGUUACGAUCAGGAUCGUAUUGGUAUUGUUUUCCGUGCUUCUCCACGUCAGUCCGAUGUCAUGAUUGUUGCCGGAACUCUCACCAACAAGAUGGCACCUGCUUUGAGAAAAGUUUACGAUCAGAUGCCUGAGCCUCGUUGGGUUAUUUCAAUGGGCAGUUGUGCCAACGGUGGUGGAUACUACCAUUACUCCUACUCUGUUGUCCGUGGUUGUGACCGCAUUGUACCCGUCGAUAUCUACGUUCCUGGAUGUCCUCCCACUGCUGAGGCCCUUCUCUAUGGUAUCUUCCAGUUGCAGAAGAAGAUGAGAAGAACCAAGAUCACCCAGCUCUGGUACAGAAAGUAG